AUGGCUUCAAAUACAAAAUUGUGCGCGGGAUGUUUAAAUAAAAUAACUAAUAAGGACUUUGUAACAUGUUCACUUUGCAAAGAUAUAUAUGACACAGUUUGCGCUAAUAUCUCUCACCAACGCCUUAUGAUGCUGGAGAAAGACAAGAAAGAGAAAUGGAUCUGCCCUGGUUGUAGGAAUAAAGAGCGAAAGAGUGGCAAUUCAAAUACCCCCAUUCAGUCCAGAACGGACCCGCGCGACUGUGGUGAUUCGUUGCAGGAAAUUAGUACUCCUAACAGUGAUUAUAUAACACAGCGUAAAAAACCUCAACUACCUAGUAAUCAGAAGGUGAGUUCACCUACACAACCCAGAGAUGAAUCCUUAAUGCUAACAAUUAGAUCAGAAAUUAAAUCAUCAAUGGGAAAUUUUUUAAAUCAAACUAUAGAGGAGUCAUCUAUAAAAAUGGAUUUAAGAACUAUAAAAGAGGAGUUAAGUUCCUUAAAAGAUAUCAAAAGCGGACUUGAAUUUUUAAGCGCGGAAUAUGAUAGAAUGAAAAAAGAAUUAAAAACGUCAAAAGAGCAUAUAAAGUCGCUUUCCGCUGAAAACAGCAAUUUACAUACAAAAGUGAACGAAUUAUCAAAUAGACUUAUUUUACUUGAGCAACACUCGCGUGAGACGAACAUUGAAGUGAAUGGUGUUCCGGAAAAUAAAGCAGCCAAUGCUGAAGGAUUCCUUAACCCUUUGGACUAUGUGUCUGUGGGAGAAGGACAUGAAGGUGUGUCAGCGGAAAUACAGACAGCAAGCCCUGAAGGCGUGUCACCCGAAAUACAGAAAGACAGUUGUGAACAAAGACAUGAUUAUAAGAAAAUGGGUACUUAUACAUCACGAGCUUAUCAAUUGGAGCGUGGCAAUGAGUCCGAUCCUACUAUUAAGGAGUUCCUGCUGUUCCUGGAGAACCGAGCCUUGGCCUUGGAGAAUGCAGAACCUACUACUGCCAUCAAGACUCACUACAAGCCGGUGGUGAAUGUCGCUACACCUGCAGAUCCUUCAUGUGCUUAUUGUGCUGCUCCCAGAGCAACAGCCAGCUCUUCAGCAACCUGCUUCAAGGCAUACUGA